AGUCCAGAUUUUGAUUCACUCCCAUGUUAUUAAUUACGGGAAGCAUGAAGUCAAAUUGUUUGAGUUCAAAGAAAACGUUUCCAGCUAAUUAGGGGAAUCCACAUUUCUUCCUUUAGUUCGAUUAGGGGCCCCUGCCCUCCAUUCUCUCAAGUACCUUUCCGCUUGCUUUGAGAUCAACUUCACUAAACUUCUCUUAUAGAAAUUUAUGAUACCUUUCUAAAAGAAAAAACACAAAGUUCAAUAAUCUUGCAACUUGUUUGUUCCACGGCUUUUACAAUUAAACUUCGUACAUUUUUAUAUUUUUGGGACGUGCCCUUAUCAGGAGUCAUUCUUGUUGGUGAAUCUGGGGGGAGAAGUUAGCAAUAGUGUGAUUCACCUGGUAAAUGAAGAACAUUGGUGAAAAGUCUGGCCUGAAUAGUCAAAGCUGUAGCCCUAACUGAAAUAGGAAGUGUUUCAAGGCCUUGAUAUGCUACGAUAAAUGUUUAAAUGCCUAUAAGUCUAACUGUCUGAAUCUUUCUAUAUCAUUCUCUCAAUUUGCUUAUCUGAUUUGGUUAUCAAAAAAAAGAAGUGCUUAUUUGACUUGUAUGACAUUUAGGAAACAUGUGGAGAACUAGAGCAUGGAUUUGUUUAUGCUUAGAGCUAGAGUAUAAAUUGACUCUCUAUUAUAUCAAGAUAUUGUUGAAGUCAAGGUAUCAACCUCUAGAUGUUUACGCCAAACUUUCUGGUUCAUUGGUGUUGAGAUGUAGAUGUACUCUCCUAGAGGCUCUGCAGUUCGCAUAGGACACAACAACCAGUAUUUAGGAAAGCGAGCGCGGCGAAGCGAUGCGAGCCUUCUAUGCUUCACCUACUAGAAUGAGUAUGUGAGUGCUUCAUCGCUUAAAGUGUGAAGCGGGGCCUUUAUCGCUUUUUUCCGCUUCACACUUCCCUGAACACUGACAACAACAGAGUUGUAAGUUAAAACUCUGGGUUUGGGGCCACAAAUUAGUAUUUGUGUGAUACCAUGUUGACAUAAUUGUUUCUGUUCUAAUUAAGAAACUUUUGGUGACUUCUUGUAAUCAGAAUAUAAUUAUGUCAAGCUUUGUCUUUCUAGGGCGUAGUCUUGAAUAAGAAAUGGAGAUCAAGGAUGGUUGUUGUAGUUCUUUUUCGUACCAAUUCCUCUUGUGUUCUCCUUGAAGGCCAAAAUUUAAUCAUACUCCCCUUGGGGCCAUUGCCUGCAAUUACUUAGCUAAAUCAAAUGAAUAAAUCAGCUUACUUUAUCAGAAAAAGAAAAAGAUGAGUGACACUCAUUGUAAUAGCGUAAACACAACUUUUUUUUUGUUCUUCUGCACGACUCUAUAAGUCUGAACUGCAUGCCUGAUUUAUUGGUGCCAUGACCAGAUUCUGUCCUUUAGUUGGUUUUGUAUUAAGCCCUUCAGUUUACUUAUGCUUUGUGUCACUUUUACUGAAUAUUUUCUUUGAAAAUCAUAUGAAGGCAAGUGAAAAACCUUCGGGAAGUUGCAUUGUCAGUGGUGAGUUGAAUAUUGUUUUUGGAGAAUUGUGUUCUUAGAGAGUAGGUAUAACUAUCAACACAAAGUUGCUCAUUUAGUUAGAUGAUGCCUGGUGUUUUUGAACUGUAUCUUGCUGUUUUCUUCAUGCUUUGGUUAGUAGCAGGUAUUGAAUUGUUAUCUUAAAUUGUCCGGUGUAAUUUUGUGUUCUUUACCAUAGACAGACUAUAGCAGUAAUAUUUGCUUCUUUGAGAAUGAAUCAUCAAAUUUUGUUUAUCAUUUUUUGUUGGUGAAACAAGCAAAUCGUAGUUCAUCAUUCUAUAUGGAUCCAGUGGACCAAACAGCUCUGUCCUUUAGUUGAUUUAUGACUAACACUGUAAGAACUUCAGUUAUGCUGCAUGAACUGAUUCUUGUACACAAAGUCAGGGUUGUGGCUAUCCUUUUAGUUGCUGAAACAUAACAGUUAUAUAUGUUUCUCUUUUCUGAAUGAUGGGGUUGUGUAGAUUUUGUUCACCACCAAAUCCCAAACAAUGGACAGUGUGAGUUGUCAUGAUUGUGACUUGGAAAACUCACUCGUAUUGGAAGGAUUCUUUUGCUUCCUUUCUGUCUUGCUUGAUGUAGCGAUACUAUUGUUGUUUUUGAGAAUUUUCUCGUCUUGCGCUGGUGAUCAAAAUUACUUCAGUAAUUGGUACUUCAUCUGGUAAGUGGUGUUAUGGUGAUUGGUUUGUAAGCUUUUCACUUGCUUGAUAAUGAUUUUCUUUAUGUUUAAAGAUGUUUCAAGUCAAGGUUUGGUUACUCAUCAGUUGAUAUUUCAAUAUUCAUAUGUUUGCAAAGUUCAUCAAACUCUUCCGUUCCGUUUACACUGAAAUAUUGUCAAUCGAUUAUCUUCAGUUCGAUUAGUAUUGGAUCUGUUGACAAUGUUUUUGCCUUAAACUGCACCCAUAGAGAUUUGAACGUUAGAAGCUCGUAGAACUUCAAAGAGUCUGAACCAAGGAAUACAGUUCGUCUUGCAGAGCUGUAAGAAUAUUUGUUCUAAUCCCGCAUUUAUAUGAUCAAAUAGACGAUGAAGUGGUGAAAGUCGAUAAAAAUACUAGAACAAUCAACGUUUUAUAACCCUUCAUAUGUAAACUAUGGGUGUCAUUAACAACAGUAUUUCUGUUACUGUGAACACCAUAUUUGAAUUGGAUUUCCGAUCCAUUGAUUAGUAGCAGUUUUCGAUCGAUUCAACCUUAGAAAAAUCCCUGUUAAACAAAUUUGACAAUCAUACUCAUUUCCUUUAUGAUUUCAGACCGCUGGACUGUUUCUUCUGCUGAUUUUGUUCGCACUGGGUUCCAACAUCACCAGGACAAAUAGAUAAAUUUGGUUGCGGUGAAUUUCUUCAACAUUUUGGUUCUUUUAGGCAUUUCAGACAACUGCAGAAUGAAGAAGGAGGUUUGUUUUUGUUUGCUAGCUCGUCUUGUAGAAUUCCUCAUUCAAUCAGCUCAGGACCUUCAAGUUUCUCCGAUCGUCAAAUACUCGGCACUGUCACUUUUCGCCGAUCGAUUCUACCCAUCUCUUACCGGAGAAGGAACUAAAGAUGCUAAGAGCUGGCUCUUACAGCCUCUGAGAGAAAGCAAUUUGCAGCUAUUUGCCCUUGUUGCAAUAUGGAUCUCAAGCAAAAUACACGAUUCUCCUUCUCUAAGUGUCAAAUCCUUCAAGUCUCUAGCUGACAACAUCAUUAAAGAGCAGCAUUUUACAACAAAGGAUUUUCUGGAAGCUGAGCUAGUGUUAAUGGAGGUAUUGAAAUUUGAGAUCGGCAUGAAAAGCAUUCCCUUCCGAUUCUUCGAAGAUCUACUCUUAAAGUUCAGUGAAGUUGCCAGAGUUGGAAAGCAAUUAAGCUUGGAAGCUUGCAUGGAUAUUAUGGAUCUGGUAUACGAAAAGGGGAAGAUUUCAUCUUUCAAUUGUUCUUCUCAUCAUCUAGCCGCAUCGAUUGUUGUUGCUGCAUACGCAAUCACAGUUCCAUUGCAACAGAGUGAAUUCCCCAUUCUUCUAUGGGUAAAGUUUGUCACUUCGUGCAAAGAGGAGGAUAUUGUAGUCACUGUCAAAAAUAUUCUAAUGUACGUGUUUGAAGCUUGAAAUUUUACUCAACUGUUAUUGUAUUUCAUGUAACAACAAAUCAUAAUCCCACAAGUAACGUCUAGAGUGGAUAACGUGUACACAACUUGAAUUAGAAAAGUUGUUUGUGUCAGCUCAAGCAAAGGCAUAGAAAAGCAGUUUACGAAAA